AUGGAUCAGUGUGAGGACGAGACAGUUCCUCUGGAACAGAAGAGAGGACGAGGAGCUCAGAGCAGUCAGCUUCAAACACAUGACGAUGUGACGUCUGAGGACCAGGAUGACUCCAGGAAUGACAGCUAUCAUGUAAAAAUGUGGUUGAAGGACACUUUGAAGAAUUUGGACUCCAGUAGGCUGAAGGAAUUCCAAUGGUACCUGAACAAUGCAGAUCAAUCAAAGGAUGGUUUCAAACCGAUCGAACUGUGUUAUCUGGAGCAUGCGGACAGACUGGACACAGUAAAUCUGAUGGUGCAGAGGUUCUCCUCAAAGACCAGAGAGGUGGCCGAGACAAUUUUAAAGAAGAUAAAAAGUGAUAAAGGAAUCUGCAGCUUUGAAAAGUUCCAGGUCUUGUUCAUCUUUGACGGUCUGGAUGAGAGUCGACUUCCUCUGGACUUUCACAACUCUACAAUCGUCAGUGACCCCAGAAGGUCCACCUCAGUGGACGUGCUGCUGACAAACCUCAUCAGGGGGAAACUGCUUCCUUCUGCUCGUCUCUGGAUCACCACACGACCCGCAGCAGCCGAUCAGAUCCCUCCUUACUGUAUUGACAUGGUGACGGAGGUCAGAGGGUUCACUGACCCACAGAAGGAGGAAUACUUCAGGAAGAGGUUCAGAGAAGAGGAGCAGACCAGCAGGAUCAUCUCCCACAUCAAGACAUCACGGAGCCUCCACAUCAUGUGCCACAUCCCAGUCUUCUGCUGGAUCACUGCUACGGUCCUGGAGAAAGUCCUGAAAACCAGAGAGGGAGGGGGGCUGCCCAAGACCCUGACUGAGAUGUACAUCCACUUCCUGGUGGUCCAGGCCAAACUUAAGAGGGCCAGGUAUGACGGAGGAACUGAGACGGAUCCACACUGGAGUCCAGAGAGCAGGAAGAUGGUGGAGUCUCUGGGAAAACUGGCUUUUGAGCAGCUGCAGAAAGGAAACCUGAUCUUCUAUGAACCAGACCUGAGAGAGUGUGGUUUCGAUGUCAGAGAGGCUUCAGUUUACUCAGGAGUGUUCACCCAGAUCUUUAGAGAUGAGAGCAACCUGUACCAGGACCAGGUCUUCUGCUUCAUCCAUCUGAGUGUCCAGGAGUUUCUGGCUGCUCUUCAUGUCCAUCAGACCUUCAUCAAGUCUGGAGUCAACCUGCUGGAGGAACAACAGUGGUUCUUCUGGUGGUUUAAGACUGACUUCUAUCAGACAGCUGUGGACAAGGCCUUACAGAGUCCCAACGGACACCUGGACUUGUUCCUGCGCUUCCUCCUGGGUCUUUCAGUGGAGACCAAUCAGAACCUCCUACGAGGUCUGAUGACAUCAAACCAAAGGAGUUUACAGAACAAUCAGGAAACAGUUAAAUACAUCAAGAAGAAGAUCAGUAAGGACCUGUCUACAGAGAGAAGCAUCAACCUGUUCCACUGUCUGAAUGAACUGAACAAUGGUUCUCUGGUGAAGGAGGUCCAACGGUUCCUGAGGUCUGGACAUCUCUCCACAGAUGAACUGUCUCCUGCUCAGUGGUCGGCUCUGGUCUUCAUCUUACUGUCAUCAGAAGAUCUGGAGGUGUUUGACCUGAAGAAGUUCUCAGCUUCAGAGGAGGUUCUACGGAGGCUGCUGCCGGUGGUCAAAGCCUCCAAGAAAGCUGAGUUGAGUGGCUGUUACCUCUCAAAGAACAUCUGUCCACUUCUGUCCUCAGUUUUCAGCUCUCAGUCCUCCAGUCUGAGAGAGCUGGACCUGAGCUACAACGACCUGCGGGAUUCUGGACUGAAGAAGCUGUGUCCUGGACUGGAGAGUCCACACUGUCACCUGGAGUCUCUCAGGUUGGAGAACUGCUGGUUGUCAGAGAUCAGCUGUUCUUCUCUGGGCCCAGCUCUGAAGUCCAACCCCUCCCAUCUGAAACUUCUGGACCUGAGCAGGAACGACGACCUGCAGGAUUCAGGAGUGAAACAUCUGAGUGGAUUUCUGGAGAGUCCAGACUGCAGACUGGAGUAUCUGAGAUUGGUGGACUGCAGGUUGUCAGAGAUCAGCUGUUCUUCUCUGGUCUCAGCUCUGAAGUCCAACCCCUCCCAUCUGAAACUUCUGGACCUGAGUGAGAACAAGGAGCUGCAGGAUUCAGGAGUGAAACAUCUGUGUGGAUUUCUGGAGAGUCCAGACUGCAGACUGGAGACUCUGAGAUUGGUGUGGUGCAGGUUGUCAGAGAUCAGCUGUUCUUCUCUGGUCUCAGCUCUGAAGUCCAACCCCUCCCAUCUGAAACAUCUGGACCUGAGCAGGAACUACGACCUGCAGGAUUCAGGAGUGAAACAUCUGUGUGGAUUUCUGGAGAGUCCAGACUGCAGACUGGAGACUCUGGGAUUGUGGAAGUGCAGUUUGUCAGAGAUCAGCUGUUCUUCUCUGGUCUCAGCUCUGGAGUCCAACCCCUCCCGUCUGAAACUUCUGGACCUGAGUUACAACAAGAACCUGCAGGAUUCAGAUGUGAAGCAGCUUUAUGAUCUGGUGAAGAGUCCAGACUACCAGCUGCAGACUCUCAGCUGGUGAUGAUGAGAGAGUCCAGGACGGACGAGUCGUGUCCUGAUCGUCCUCAGAGUUGAAGCAGAACCAGUUUGUGUGGACAGACUCUGACUGGACCGUGAUGAUGAUGAUGAUGAUGAUGAUGAUGAUGAGGUUGAUGAUGAUGAUGAUGUUGAUGAUGAUGAGGAUGAGGAUGAUGAUGGUGAGGAUGAUGAUGAUGAUGAUGAUGAUGGUGAUGAGGAUGAGGAUGAGGAUGAGGAUGAUGAUGAUGAUGAUGAUGAUGAUGAUGAUGGUGAUGAUGAUGAUGAUGAUGAUGAUGAUGAUGAUGAUGAUGAUGAUGAUGAUGAAGAUGUACAUAGUCUCAGCUUAGUUUGUUUCUGUCUUCCAGCCUUUUACAAACUUCUCAGAUAUUCAUGUAUUUCAGUAGCAGCCGGUGUAGUUUUCUCCAGGGGGGUUUAUACCAAAUUCCAAAAUAGACAUAUACCAAAAAGCAGCCAAAUGAUGUACUAAAGUAUCACUUCUUUAUUUGAAUAAAUGAAAUCAACAAUA